AUGGUCGAGCCUCCCAAGAAUAAAGUUGUUAGAAACUGCCAAUGGAAAGCUGAAGCAUUGAGGCAAAGCAUUGAAAAUAAUAACAAAACAUUGGAAUUUAUAUGGAAAACAUCAACGGUUUUUGGUCAACAUUGUGCAACAUUCUUCCAAGACUUAAUGAAGUCCAAAUUUGUUCCUAUCCAAGAUAAUCUUAUGUUUGACAUCAACGAUGGCGAAUUUAUUGAAACCAAUUUGACUUUCAACUUCAAAGUCAUUCACUUAUUCAGUGGCAAAAUUGAUUUUAUUUCUCCGAGCUAUUUCGAUGCGCAUAUGGGAAGUUGUCAGGCAAAAGUAGCUCAAUUUUUGGUUUCCUCACCGCAAGCUCAAGUUAAACAUCAAGUAUUCAUGAUACUCGCUGUUGCUGUUCAAAUGAGAACCUUGCUUACUUUUCGCUCGUUUCCGAUUUCAAGUCACAUCAUCAGUUCAGUUGCUACUGAGGAAAAUGCUGGAAAUUUUACGUUUGAUUUGAACACGAAAGCUUUCGAUAGUAUUGGAAACUCCUGGAAGCCUCCAGAUGUAAAUUAUUAUUAA